UGGAAAUCAAUCAGUAAGCACAAUGACAUAGAGAAUCAAGCCAAUACUCACCGUCUGCCAACACAUCUCGUUAUCCCGUAGCAAUUCCUGAUGACUUUCCUGCUCCACUACCUGAACCCAUACCUGCACGGGCUUACACCAAAGGCAAAUACCAUGUCAAACUUCGAGGUAGUUGACAGUUUAUGCGUAACUGCUACAGUUGUCAUAAAUCCUUUCACUACCAAGCACCUGGGUACCGCCUGUACCAUCCUUUAGGACUAGAGUGAAGAUUCGAUAUCACUUCAUCAAGUAGAAUGGUCCGCGUAGUAAUGCCUAUAUAAUACAUGGGCGUUAUCAGUCUUCCACUCAGAAAUGUUUGAGCCUCGAUACCCAGUACGUGGAAUAUCCCGCCGGGAGGGAGGUGAUGGGAUCGUGAAUCUCUGCGUCCUCGCACGCUUGAAUCAGAUUGAUCUCGGUGAAUUCAGAAUUGCCGAGGCCGAGGGCUACAGAUAAUCCAGAAACCACCUUUACCACCUAUACUUUUUUAUUCCAGAAACCAAGACCUUGCUCUUGCCAUUGGCGAAAACCACCCUGGGUCUGGACGGUACCGUCCGACAACGUGAUUGAUGGGAAGGCCAAGUCGAC